AAUGGCAGUGGAUGCUCAAUUCUUUCCGCAUCCUCCAGAAGGCAAGUACUAUGUUGUGGAUGCGGGCUAUCCUAAUCGUCCAGGCUACCUAUCUCCAUACAAGGGCGAAAGAUAUCAUUUACCAGAGUGGCAUCGAGGUAUAGAACCAAAUACUCCAAAAGAAAAGUUCAACCGGAUACAUUCAUCUGUUCGUAAUGUUGUUGAACGUUCAUUUGGACUACCGAAGAUGAAGUGGCAAAUUCUUUAUAAGAUGCCUUCCUUUUCCAUGCUCACACAAAAGAAGGUAGUGGCUGCUACCAUGGUGAUCCACAAUUUCAUACGUGAGCAUGCUAGUGGGGAUGUGGACUUUGCUAAAUUUGAUCGAGAUCCGAACUUUGUGCCAACUAUCCCAGCAAGAUACAACAAAUAUGCCGUGUCUCGCCAUGCUUCUGAUACAUCAACUACGGAAGCAAGCUUUGUGACUAUGGACACAUUUCGUGAUAGUUUGGCUACAUCCAUCGCAUUAGCUUGGAAUUAAUGUAAUUAUGUUCUCAACUAUGGAUUUGUAUCUCAGAUUAUUUGGUUGGACUUGUAUGUCGAAUUGUUUGCUUUGAUGGAUUUUUCGAAUUAUUUAGGAAUUAUUAUUUUGGAUUAUCUUGUAAGGUGUUGGAACUUUAAUUCAAUUCACAAGGUUUAU